GAAGCGGGAGUUCCUGAAGCGGCGCUUUCCACAACUGCAGGACCGCAACUUUGCAAGCUCUCGGGACCUGUCCUUCGAAGAGCACAUCCUACGCGAGACCGAGGGCAGGGGGGUGGACCUGGUGCUGAACUCGCUGGCCGAGGAGAAGCUGCAGGCGAGCGUGCGCUGCCUGGCCACCCGCGGUCGCUUCCUGGAGAUCGGCAAGUCCGACCUGUUCCAGAACAACGCCCUGGGCAUGGCGGUGUUCCUCAAGAACGUCAGCUUCCACGGCAUCCUGCUGGGCGCCCUGUUCGGGGACGACCCCCGGGUGGCGGUGGACAAGCGCCGGGUGAUCCAGCUGGUGCGCGAGGGCAUCGCCUCGGGCGCGGUGCGGCCCUUGGACGCCGUCCGCUUUGUCCGGGACCGCGUCGAGGACGCCUUCCGCUUCAUGGCCUCCGGCAAGCACAUGGGCAAGGUGGUGCUCGAGGUGCGGCCCGAAGAGCCCCAGCGGCAGACGAUGGCGGCCACGCCCCUCUCGGUGGAGGCCCACGCGCGCACCUACUUCUUCGAGGACAAGAGCUACGUGGUGGCCGGGGGCCUGGGCGGCUUCGGCCUGGAGCUGGCCGACUGGAUGGUGGCCCGGGGCUGCCGCAGGCUCCUGCUCACGGCCCGCUCGGGCGUCCGCAUGGGCUACCAGCGCCUCUGCCUGCACCGCUGGCGGCUGGCCGGCGCCAAGGUGGCCGUGAGCCGAGCGGACAUGGCCACCGAGGAGGGCGCCAGGGCGCUGCUGCGGGAGGCAGCCGCCCUCGGUCCUGUGGGCGGCAUCUUCAACCUCGCCCUGGUGCUGAGGGACGCCCUGCUGGAGAACCAGACUGCAGAAGCGUUCGAGGCGGUGUGCCGUUCCAAGGUGGCCGGCACCCUGCACCUGGAUGCGGCGUCCCGGGAGUUGUGUCCCCAGCUGGACCACUUCGUAGCCUUUUCGUCGGUGUCGUGCGGCCGGGGCAACAAGGGACAGACCAACUACGGCUACGCCAACUCGGUCAUGGAGCGCGUCUGCGAGAGGAGGGUGGCCGACGGACUGCCCGGCCUGGCCAUCCAGUGGGGCGCCAUCGGCGACGUGGGCGUCCUGCGGGAGACGAUGGGGGCGGACGUGGUGGUAGGCGGCACGGUGCCCCAGCGCAUCGGCUCGUGCCUGACGGUGCUGGACCGCUUCCUGCGCCAAGGCCACCCUGUGGUCUCGAGCCUGGUCAAGGCCGACCUCUUUUCCGGGGCCAAGACCAAGGACAAGCACGACCUCGUCCAGACCGUAGCCCACAUUUUCGGUGUAAAAGACCCCUCGAGCCUGAACCCCUCCCUGACCUUGGGGGAGCUGGGCAUGGACUCCCUGAUGGGCGUCGAGGUGAUGCAGACCAUCGAGAGGGACUACGACCUCAACCUGUCCAUGCAGGAGAUUCGGCAGCUCAGCAUCGGACAACUCAAGGAGAUCGGCAGAGGGGCAGCGGCCAGAGGCUCCGCCGCUCCCCGGGGGGCAGAGGACGAGUCGGUGUCGGAGUUUCCCCGGCUGACGCUGAUCGAGAAGCUGGUGCCGGACCAAGUGGCGGUGGAGAUGAACGGGCGCCCCGGCGGGCCGGUGUUCCUGGUGCAUCCCAUCGAGGGCCACGUGGGGUCCCUCUCGAAGCUGGCCCGGGAGCUUCCCGUGCGGGCCGUGGGGCUGCAGCGCACUCGCGACGUCCCCGCACGCAGCAUAGGGGAGCUGGCCGCCAUCUACCUAAAGCGGCUAGUGGAGGUGCAGCCCCAAGGGCCCUACCACAUUGUGGGCUACUCGUUUGGGGCCACAGUGGCCUUUGAGAUGGCGGUGCAGCUGCAGCGGGCAGGAGCCCCUGUGGGCAGCCUGGUGCUCCUCGACGGGGCGCCCCAGUACAUCCAGGUGCACAAGGUGCACCACCGUAGCCGCUACACCGACGUUCAUGAGGAGGAGGCUUUCUUCCUGUGCGCCUUUCUUGCGCAGUACAUAGACAUCGAUUUCCUUCAGGUGAAGCGGCAGAUGGUGCAGUACCCGACGUGGGAGGCGAAGCAGGAGGCGGCCACGGACCUGCUGCUGGCGGGCAUUUCCGACGUUCGCCCCAGCCGGGAGGACAUCGCCCUGGCCACGAGCGCCUUCUAUGAUUUCCUCAAGGCCGGCAGCGCAUACGCCCCCACGGCCAAGUUCCGGGGGGACGUCACCCUGGUCAAGCCCUCCAGGCCCCGCAAGGUGGCCAUGCAGGUUCCCCCCGACUACGGCCUCUCCGAGUGCUGCGAGGGAAAAGUUCGCAUCCACGUGGUGGAGGGACUCCAUGAAACCUUCAUCCUAGGCAAAGGGGCGCUGGAGUGUGCCAACCUGAUUUCCCAACAAGUCGGCACGGGGUAGCUCGGCCCGCCCAUUCCAGAGUGGCGGCAUCCUCGGGCUACUGCGGCGGAACGGUCCUCGCUGCCGCUUGGCUGUUUUCGUGUGUUGUCCCUCCG